CCCUUGUUAAAGGGUUUGGGCUUUGGAGCUGGUGGCUUGUGGGCUACAAAAAACCAAAACCCAAAACACACAUUUCCUCGUGCUUUGAUCACCGUUGGAUUGGACUCAGAUGCAAGCUUACAGUUGCAGUGUCGUCGACGGUAACACCAAACCCAGAUUCAACAAAAUUCACGAAGAAGAAGAAGACUGAGCAAAAAAAUGGCGGAGGGGAAGAGCGAAAGCAGCAGUAGCUCAAUGGAGAGCCUGGAUCAUCUGCCCUCGGCCCUACUCGCCACCAUCAUGACAAAUCUCGACGUGGCCUCCAUCUGCUCCGUCGCUUCCACCUGCACCGCCUUCAAAGCCUGCGCUUCUCAAAUCCUCUCCUUCAUCCCCUCCUUCCACCUCCUCGAAAUCGCGCCUUCCAUGGAUUUGUUGAGGCCUCUGCUGCCUCCUAACCCGUGGCUAAAGAGCAUGAAGGUCAACUGUGGCCGGCUAGACGAUUCGGCCAUACAGAUUUUGCUUCAGCCUUCUCUACACGAGCUUUGUAUGCUCAAUUGCGACGAAUUUACUGGAAAGUUGCUUUCGGAGAUCGGAGGCCGAUGCAAGGAUCUAAGGUCUCUCUGCUUGGGGUCAGUGGCUGAAAAUAGAGGGCUGGAUAUUCAGUUUUCUGAUUUGGAGGAUUUGCUCAGAGGUUGCCAUGAGUUAGAAGCACUGAACUUGAUGUUUGAUGUCUCAUUUUCUGCUGGUCAUAACAAUUCUCGAGUUUGGGCUUUGGCUUCGGAGAAACUCACUUCUCUUGAGAUUGGCUACAUUCCAUCAGUAAUGGUGGCUGAACUGUUUAGCCCAAACUUUGGAUUCCAUCAGUCACUAAAUUGUAUUCAGCCUUCCAUAUUGCCAAACAUCCAUAAAUUGUGUCUUUCAGUCGACUAUAUAACUGAUGCUAUGGUUGGAAAAAUUUCUAAAGGUCUCAACUCCCUGACCCAUUUGGAUCUUCGAGAUGCACCCAUGAGCGAACCAGGAGUUACAUCAGACCUCACAAACUCUGGCCUUCAACAGAUUAAUCAGCAUGGCAAACUGAAGCAUCUCUCAUUGGUCCGGACCCAGGAGUUCCUCUCUACCUAUUUUAGAAGAGUAAAUGAUCUCGGGCUCCUCUUAAUGGCUGACAAGUGUAAAACCAUGGAAAGCAUAUUUCUAGGCGGCUUUUGUCGUGUUACUGACACAGGUUUCAAAACAAUCUUGCAUUCUUGCUCCAAGUUAUACAAGCUUAGGGUGUCUCAUGGGACUCAGUUAACGGAUUUAGUUUUUCAUGACAUUUCUGCAACUUCCCUGUCUUUAACACACGUUAGCUUGAGACGGUGUACUCUUUUGACCAACCAUGCAGUUACUAGUUUGGCUUCUAAUAAGGAUCUAAAAGUUCUUGAUUUGAGAGAUUGCAGAAACCUCGGGGAUGAAGCCCUCCAUGCCAUAAGCACUCUUCCUAAAUUGAAGGCGUUAUUAUUGGAUGGCUCUGAUAUUAGUGAUGUAGGAUUAUCAUAUUUGAGAGCGGGGGUUAUAAGUUCACUAAUUUCAUUGUCUGUUAGAGGGUGCAAGAAACUUACAGAUAAAUGCAUAUCUGCUCUAUUUGAUGGCUCUUCUAAUUUGGAGUUGCAAGAACUGGACCUGUCCAAUCUUCCUAAUCUCUCCGACAAUGCAGUUCUAUUACUGGCAAAAAGUAGGGUUCCAAUACUUGAACUACGAAUGCGACAAUGCCCACUAAUAGGUGACACUUCGGUAAUGGCAUUAGCCUCAAUGGUGGUUGACGAGGAGAGGUGGCAUGGUAACAGCCUGCGGUUGUUGGAUCUGUUUAAUUGUGGUGGCAUUACUCCGCUUUCAUUCCGGUGGCUGAAGAAACCAUAUUUUCCAAGGCUGAGAUGGUUAGGAGUUACAGGCAGUGUAAAUAGAGAUAUGGUAGAUGCUUUAGCUCGAAGCAGACCGUUCUUGCGUGUGUCACGACGUGGCGAGGAGCUGGGAGUCGAGGAAUGGGAUAAUUCAGAUGAUUUUUACAUGCAUGACUAUGAUGAGAUGGACGAGUUUGAACGUUGGCUUCUAGACGGUGAGGAUGAGAAUGCCGACGAAGAAAUGGUAAAUGCAGAAGCAAUGGAGUAAUCCGCCGUUUAAAUUCCUGCUAUGUGCCUGUAUGCAAUAUGCUUGUGAUUUUCUUGUGUAUAUUGUUGUGUUAUGAAGAAACUUGAAAUGUAUCAUGGACCACUGAUUAGAGCUUAGCAAGUUGGGUUGUAUGAUUUUACUCUAAAUCUGUGAUCUUGUGGACCACUUGGAUAUUGUAUUGUAACUAUUUUGGAUAGAUUGGAUAUUGUAUUUUCACUUAAUUGUAUAAUAAAUUUGUUUCACCAUUU